AAAAAUGAUGAAAACCCGGACAUUAUCAUCAAUCAAUAAAAUCCCCACGGGCCGAACUUGAAAAUUGGACGUUAUGCCGCUAACACUUGGCUUUCGUCAACAACGCAGAGGCAGAAGUCAGAGCUCCGCGCAAUGCAAAUAGCGUUCCGGAUGGUGUUCUGUCAGAUCAUCAUGUGCUGACAGAAUAGCAUACAUUCAAUUUUUUAGACUUAAGUCUGUCAAAAAAACUGUCUUCCAACUCAUUGUGUGUAACUUGAGAUUUAGAAAUUAUAUUGAUAAAACACCAAAUUAAAUAGCUAAUUUUUUAAGGUAUGGAUAAGCCACUACUUUUUCCCACGCUUUGAACCAAGCGGCUUAUAGCCCGGUGAGACAUUUCUGUGGAUUUUUCUUCAACCGCCAGGGGGGGGAGCAGGAAGUGAAUCAUUGGAAGUCAAAAUUGGAAACUCCAACACGGUCCUCUCGGUUACAAAAAAUAAAAAGUUUAGCUGUUUAAAACGGUUUCCUGGAUGCAAAACAUACACAGUCAUAGUGUGGGAACUAAAGGAGCACCACCCAUCACUCUGAGUGUAGCUCUGAUAAGAGUGAUAGGUGAUACAAAGGUUUAAAAUGUGUUAUUCUUAUCUUCGUUUACAUGGAAAUGUAUUCUAAAUCUAGUAUCCAUUUAUUGUAAAAUACUUAGUCCCAUUCAGAACAUAUUUCUAAAAUAAAAAUUCAAGUACAAACUUCUCAUUAUGAACCAAUUUGUCUUUUUUCCAGCAUACAAAUAACUCCCUUCAGCUCAUAGGGUCAGUUUGCUUUGACACCACCCAGCUGAUACAGCAGAGCCAAAGUUAGUAUUGCAACUCAUAGGAUUCACAAUAGCAGUGUGCAAAACUUGUAGGGAAUAAAAUCUUCAUUCAGGCUACUCAAAUGCAUUCAGCAGUUUAAAUACAAGUUUAAAAAAAUUCACUACCCCGGACAUGUAACUAACAUAUUAUUAACUGCAUCAGGUUCUCCUGAUCAACAUAUUUUUCGGACUUACCAUAUAUAAGAUCAGGUUGAUUUUCUGCUUACAAUUCAUGGUGUUUAUGGGUUUGUUCUUAUCUGCUGAGGUGGAUCUGGGGGAUGUUGUAGGUGGGUUGACUUCAACCCCCCUAUUCUGUCUUUGACCUAGAUUUCGAUCAAAGACUGAAAAAAUAAUGUGAACGUGACUUAUGUGUCACAAUAUAAGUAAUUAUUUGGUUUGCAAUCUGAGUAGGAGUUCCUUUUUCUGUUUUAAAUUAAAUGUAUUAAAUUAUUCUACACCUUUUGUGCAAAUUUAUUUUGUCAAUAAACCAUUAAGUCAGAUUUUUAUCAAAGGGUUUUGUAGCGUAAGAAUCCUAAGCACAGUUAAAAGGCAUCAGUCUCCAGAGAACUAAUGACUUGACAUGUUUAAAUUAAGUUUGGUUUUCAUUUGUAAAUAGAUUACAUUAUCUUCCGAAGAAAAGCUGUACCUUAACAUAUUUUACAUCAUUUAAAGUUUGAAGGAAGCAAGAUACAAAAAAACAAAAAACACUUAAUUUAUUCAGCUGAUUUUUAAACAAAAUAAUUUGGUCUAGUUUAGGCCAUUUAUAUGACAUUCAAAAGCUGCAAGGAAUCUCUGUCAGACUUUAAUGAGAAGAUUAAAAAAUAAAUAAUAGGAUUAGACUUUUUUUCUGAUACACUUGAAGUAUCCAAGCUAGACCUCCUCUUUUUGGCUCUUGUGUUGUUUACCACAACAGUGGUCUGCACCAGUCGAAUGUAGUCCAAGGACAAACAUGAAAGAGGCAUUUCAGGUCAAACGUGUGUGUCAGGAAAGCAUCCAACCCCCACUUUUUAUUUUAGUCUUCUGCUUUUUAUCUCUCACAGUUUGACUGCCUAGGUUAGGAACACCUCUGAUGUGUUUUGACAAACUAAAAAUAUGAGAGUUGGAAAAGAAAACUCCACCAGAUCAUAGCUAUAAUUCAGUUUUAGUCGCAUGUGUUAUGCUUUCUCUCUCUUCUGUCUCCUCCUCUUGCUCUUGUUUUUUAUUUAUUCUCAGACCUCUGUCCAGCUGCCACCUGGCACCAGAGAGCCAGCCAAUCACAGCUCCACACAGGCCCGACCUCGGCAGAUGUCCCGCAGUGGACACUGGGGGUGGUGGGGCAGGUCGGGGCACUGAAGGCACAGUGACACAGCAGACAGAAGGCUGAGAAAGACCAGAAAUGAUUGUGAAAAUGCCACUGGCUUCAACCAUUUUGUUUUGAUGGGCAGAAUAUAACUGAACUUUAGAAUAAGAUAUUCCAUUUUAAAUAUGUCAAAAGUGAAAUGGUUUCCGUUGUAUAAUGCUAAAAAAAUGCAAAGUCAAGUUAUUUUAAUAUUUUACAGCAGAAUAAAGCAAAACAAACAUUAAAUACAUCUACAGCUUCAUGUAUGAAGUGAAAUUACUGCUAAUUAUAUCACAUUUUUGGUUAAAUAUCCAGUUGCAUUUGCUUUUGGUUGUAAACAAAGUUUCAAAUCAACUCAUAGUGGCAGAAAAAGACUAAGUAAAGGGUCUGUGGUUGCUUUGCUGUCUAUGAAGCUUUCUCUUAUUACAGUAUGUAAGAUGCUAAAUCCAUGAGCUGAGAUAAACAAUGUUGCACAUUGCUCACCUUGCUGCCCCGUUUUUCUUUGUACUGUCACAGAUAAUGGGAAAUUCGUACGCGGGGCAGCUGAAGUCUGCUCGUUUCGAGGAGGCUCUCCACAACUCGAUCGAAGCGUCGCUGCGCUCUAGCAGCGGAGAUCCGCAGCCCAUCUUUACACAACUCUACUUGGAGCCGGAGGCAUAUCCAGCAGAUGUAAAGCCAAAAGCUGACAUGCCACUCCAGGGUGAGGAGGGUCAAGAUCCUCUGAACAGUCACUCUUCCAAUGAUAUGGAGGAGCUGGAGGAUGAUGAUGACUCCGACAGCAGCAGCCCUCCACUUCCCUACCUGCAAACUCCUGCGCCUGAUGGUUGCUGCACACUCGAUGGUAUCAUCUCAACAGGAUUUUGUCAGGCUGGAAAGGACCUCCGUCUUGUCACCAUAGCAGCAGAGCCCAUUGAAGUCCCAGCAGGCUUCGAGUUAGUCGGUGCCAAGUCUCCCAGCAUCCCCGAGCACAUUCUGGUGUGUGCCGUGGACCGCCGCUUUUUGCCCGACGAGAAUGGGAAAAAUGCACUUUUAGGUUUUUCAGGAAACUGUGUUGGCUGUGGUGAAAAGGGUUUCAGAUAUUUCACAGAGUUUUCUAAUCACAUCAACCUGAAGUUAUCCACCCAACCCAAGAAGCAGAAGCACUUAAAAUACUACCUGGUGAAGAAUUCACAGGGUGCUCUGUGUAAAGGACCCCUUAUCUGCUGGAAAGACAGUAAAACCCGCCAGUUUUCCAGCAGCGUCUUGACCUCCAAACCGAGUUCAUCCUCGUCUCUGAGCAGCAAAGAAAACGGUGGCACCAGUGGACACAGCUCGUCCCCCUUCUCCCUCUCAGAUUCCCCGCCCACUCGGAUGGCACAAGCUUCCUCUGUCUUUUUUGGCAGUCAGGAUCUUGGAAGGGACUGUAGUUUCCUCAAACCUCUGGCCUCCACUCCCGGAAACAAAACAUUGCCAAUAGUACCCACGGCUCUUAGGGUGAACGGUCCAACGAACAGCCUGGGUGUUGAUGUCCACACUUCGUUGCUGAGCCCCUCGCAGGUCUCCUUGGUUCCGCAGGCUCAGGGGUAUCGCACUCCUGAUUUAGGAGACAGUCCUGUAUCCUCUGCAAUGAACUCCGGUCCCCCGAAGAAGCGCCAUCGCAGCUGGCAUCCCAGCACCUUGGUCCCAGUCCCACCAACGGCUGUCCCUGUGCCGGCAAUUCGUCCAAUAGUUGGCUCUCCAGGUUCUGUAUUAGCCGUGUCCUCUCCUCAGCCGCUGGCAGCUGGUGUCAUUCAGCCCCAGCCUGUCAAUGCAGGAGAAACGGUCAUCGUUCCUGAAAACCUGCUCAACUCUUCAGGCGUUCGUCCCGUCAUCCUCAUUGGGCAUGGCACUUUACCUUAUUUCUAUGGGAACGUUGGCAAUAUAGUGGUGAGCCCCCUGCUGGUCAGCUGCUAUAAGAGCAGCCAGCUGACAGAAAAAAACCUGGAGACAUUGGGUCUCCACAGCAGCCAGAUGCUCAGUGUGGAGAUGAUGAUCCUGCUCACUUUGCAGUAUCUUGCACGUUUAGCUUCAAACCAGAUUCCUCUGAGGGAGGAGCUGGAGCAGAUCGUCCUAAAGGCCAUGCUGUGCUGUCCUGGGAAUCCGGCCAUCUCCCCAUCCCAGCUUCCAUGGCUGGCUCGACUGGAAGCGAGCGUCUCCGGGGGCAGCGUGCAGGUCGUGGUAACCCACAAUUCUUUGGGGGAGGGAAUUUCUGAGUCCCUGCGCUCUCUCAGUGAGGGUCCUCAGCAUCAGCAGCGUCUGCCAACCUACGUUGUCAUUAUAUGUGCCUCGAAAAUGAAUGGCAACGAGUUCUGCGUGCUUGUUUUAGGAAAGUACCAAGCACGCGCUUUAGCUGAAGGAAUGCUCACAACCAACGAGUUUCUGAAGGAAAUCAGCUACGAACUCAUCACAGGGAAAGUCGGUGUCCUGGCAUCUCAUUUCAAAACAACCUCGCUUGGGGACAAUCUUGACAAGCAGCUCGUCCGAUAUCAGCGUAGACGGAAAGGACAGGUCAUCCAGCCCUACCAGGGCGAUGUCACUGAGAACAUCAACUCACAGGAGCCUGCCAGCAUGUCACCCCCACCAGACACAGUGGAGCUCCUAAAUAGAGUCUUUCAGAUCUAUCCGGCCCAGCUGACUGUGGCUCGAAGUCUUCUCUCUCAAGUCUGCUCCAUUGCUGAUUCAGGAACCCAGAAUCUGGAUUUAGGUCGCUUUUGUAAAGUGGACUUUCUGGUUCUGGUUCCUCCAUCUCACAUUCUAGUGCACCAGACGGCCCAGCGCAUCCGACAAUCAGGAGUCCUUGUGGAUUUGGGAAAUGAAGAUACGUCCACAGCCCACCAGAAAUCCGAAAAGUAUGUGGUGCGUCUAGACGCUGAUGUUCACACCAAGAUGGAGGCCUUCAUGAAGAAAGUGAAACAAAACCCCUACACCUUGUUUGUCCUCAUUCAUGACAACUCACACGUUGACCUCACAAGUGCCCUAUCAGGCUCUGUGUGCCACGGAGAGCUGCAGGGUCUGGCUGACCGGGUGGUGAACUGCCAGGAAGUCCUGGACGCCAUGAACCUCUUGGUUCUGCAGGUCAGCUGCUUCCCUUACACCCUGCAGACCCACCAGUCCCGGAUCAGCAUCCACAAUGAAAUUCACUGGCCAUCCAGUGACCAUUUGCAGAGGGAGCAACCUCCUCAUGAGUUGGUCUACUUUGGCCUGAGAGACUACAGCUGCUCCCUGCAGUGGGGCGUGGCCAGCCCCAUCCUGCGCUGUGAUGACGCGUUUGAGAAGAUGGUUCAUACUCUCUUAGAGAGACAUCCCCACCUGCACAGCAUGGUGAUUCGCAGCUACCUGCUGAUUCAGCAAUACACAGAGGCCAUGAUGGCCCUGACCUCUUCCCCGUCCCUGAGGGAUCACAUAACCCCGGAGACCCUGGCCAUGGUGGAGGACCUGAUAAACGCUCCGAGUCGAGAGGGCUCCCAGGGCCGUGGCCACAUGCUGCUGGUACGUGUCCCCUCGCUGCAGCUGGCGAUGUUGGCCCGAGAGAGACUGGAAGAUGUGAGGGACAAGCUGGGAUUGCAGCUGUGCUUCGCAGUACUGCUGGGAAGUCCAGCGUCUGAACUCAACCUGUCCAGAAACUUCAUCAACUUCCUCAGGACAUGGAGAGGCUUUCAGAAUGAAGAAUGGGUACCACACACAUAUGAGGAUCUGGAGGGGCUGCCCUGCAUCAUCAUUCUCACAGGGAAAGACCCACUUGGAGAAACCUUCCCCCGGUCUCUGAAAUAUACGGACUUGCGUCUGAUAGACUCCAGCUACCUUACCCGUACCGCCCUGGAGCAGGAGGUGGGUCUUGCCUGCACCUAUGUUUCUCUGGAUGUGGUCCAGGAGUCCAAGACUUCUACGGCUCCUCGGGAAUCAGAUGGAGAGAAAACCACAGGCAGCCUGAAUGACGGGGAUGAGCUGGAGAGACCUCAGAGCAACGGCAGCGCUGCAACCAGAACAUCUGGCUCGCUGGCGGAGAAUGGAGUCAGUUCAUCUGACUUGGCUGAUUCGUUCCAGAAGCCCUCCACUUCCACCUCCCAACCCGAAGGCCUCGUCACCUCAGAUGUGGCCACACUAACCGAAGGAUUCAAGCAAGAGUGUGACUCUCUGGGAAGCCAGCUCUCCUCCAACCCUCUGAAAGCCCCCAAUGCCCCUCCAUCCAAUUACUCUAGCUCCUCCUCCUCCUCCCCCUCCACCUCUUCCUCUUCCACACAGAGGCCCAGCCAGUCCACGCAGUGUGGGCGAGCAUCCAAGUGCUCCAGGGUGUCGCCGCGAACAGUCAUCCUGUCACGGGCAGCGUACAACCUGCUGUCAGGGGAGUCGGGGAGUCAGCUGAGCUCCUUCUCACUUCUGCCUCACGCAGAUGUGUCCUGGAGCAGUCCGCUGAGGCCGCUCAUCACACACAACCUGCAGAGGGCAGACCAGAGCCUGUACUACCGCCAGUGGACUGUUGCCAGGCAGCAUCACGCUGAUUAUGAAGCACCACCUGUGCCGCAUCCACGACGCCUGCUCCUCAGCGGACCUCCACAAGUGGGAAAAACUGGUGCUUACCUGCAGUUUCUACGCAUCCUGUUUCGUAUGCUCAUUAGACUGCUUGAGGUUGAUGUUUAUGAUGACGAAGAAGAUGAGGAGGCAGAAACUACAGAUGCUACGACUCCACCAAACACGCAGUGGCCCGACAUUGAGGAUAUCCGAAAGCUGCCCUUUGACCCCAAUCCCAGAGAUCCUAAAUUCAGGAAGGCCAGCCCGGUUUACUCUGAUAAGAUGCCAAAGUUAUUUAAAGCAGAGUUUAAGAAAGAAGGAGAGAACCAAGCACAAGGCAAGAGAGUGACCAAGUCAAUACGUCUAAGCCGGUUUGCUGCCCAUAAUGCCUUUCACCACUGUGAGCAGUGUCAUCAAUACUGUGAGGCAGUUCCUACUACACAGCUGUCGGAGUGCUCCUUACACGCUUUUACCUUCUGCUCAUCCAUGCUGGGGGAGGAGGUCCAGCUCCAGUUUUUCAUUCCUAAAGCCAAGGAGCAGCACUUUGUUUUCAGUCACCAGGGGAGCCAUCUGGAAAGUUUACGACUGCCUCUCGUCUCCACAAAGGACCCUGAUCUUUUGAAGAGUCCAAUCUUCACCCCGACAACAGGACGCCAAGAGCACGGGCUGCUCAACCUCUUCCACACCAUGGAGGGCGCCACUCAUCUGCACAUCCUGGUGGUCAAACAGUUUGAGAUGCCGCACUACAGGAAGUACUGGCCCAAUCACAUCCUGCUCGUCCUUCCAGCAAUGUUCAACAGUGCCGGAGUUGGUGCUGCUCGCUUCAUGAUCAAAGAGCUGUCAUACCACAACCUAGAGCUGGAGAGGAACCGCCUGGAGGAGCAAGGUGUCAAGAGACAAGAUGUAUGGCCUUUCAUUGUCAUGAUGGACGACUCGUGUGUGCUGUGGAGCACCUUCCAGCCGACAGAUGGAAGUGAAACCUCAGAUGGAAGCUCAGGCAUCACCAAUGUGUCUUUGAAAACAGUACUGCAGCACAUGGAGAACACACCCAAAAUCUCCCUGUAUGCUAUCUGCGGUGUCCGCAAGUGGAGCAGCAGCCUGGCCCACAAGACUCCCCAACACCCCUUCAGCCGGUGUCACCUCCAUGACCUUGUCCUCCUUAAUGUGGACCUGACACAGAACGUUCAAUAUGACCUCAAUCGGUACGAUUGUGAGGAGGUGGACUUUAAUCUGAGGGUGAACAGCAGCGGGUUGCUGAUAUGCCGCUUUAACAACAUUUUCCUGAUGAAAAAACACAUUCCAGUUGGGGGAAAGAAAGAUUUUGUUGUCAAACCGAAGCUCGUGGAAAUCGAAAACAAGGCUCCGAUCAGCCCGUCUCAGUAUGUCUGUGCCCCAGACAGCGAACAGACCCUAUUAGACGCCCCGGCUCAGUUCCUGCUGGAAAACUUCCUGCAGAGCUGCAGCCACAGACUGUUUCCGAAAGCUGUUCAGAACAGAAACAACCCAGUACUGUCCAUCGAUAGUUACCUCAACCUCAGCCCAGAGAUUUCUGUGUGCUACAUCAACUCACGCCCACACUCCACCAAUCUCAACCAUCAGGGUCUGGUGUUCAGUGGCCUGCUACUUUACCUUUGUGACUCCUUUGUUGUUUCUGGACUCCUCAAGAACUUCCGCUUCCUGAAAGGCGCCACCCUCUGUGUGAUCUGCCAGGACAGAAGUUCCCUGCGUCAGACCAUCGUCCGGCUGGAGCUGGAGGACGAGUGGCAGUUUCGUUUGCGGGACGAGUUUCAGACGGCCAACUGUAGCGAGGAUCGGCCCCUCUACUUCCUGACCGGCCGCCAUGUUUGAACCCACAAGUGUUCUGUAGCUGCGCAGGUGGAGCAUCUCGGUCACAGUUAGGAGUACUUUUGGAUCUCCCCUGCAGCAGUUCCUUUGAUGCCUGCUUGUUGACUCAUCUCCACUUGAGCUUGUUUUUACCUAAAGGAAAACUGCCUCCAGGUUAUAAGAAGCACAGCUCAAUUGAGGCUUUGCUUGUUUUCUUGGGGCAAAUAUGGAUCCAAUACAGGACUAAUGCAGGAUCCUUUUGUCCAUGAACUUUAAAUCCAGUAUGUCCAAGUCUGGACUUACGUUUUUAUCUCAGGGUUUCAAAUUGAGGGAGAUUUAAGGGUUUUAAGGCGUUAUGUUUUCUUCUCCCUGCUUAUUAACUUAAGUUGGCACCAAAGACUCAGCUGCACCUUGCCUUCUCCAUUUUCUUUCCAGUUCAUCCUUUGAAACUCCAAGAAGCUCAUUAACGCUUCAUAGCUAAGUGAUAUCACAACAGAGGCUGCAUCACAAGCAAUUUCCAACAUUAUUAGCAGCCGAUGCUUUUCUUUUACCAAUGGGAUUUGACUAGUAAGCAACUAUUAAUCUAGCAGAUUUACGUUUAUUUUUUACUGUGCCUCUAAAGCAUGAAUGUGGCAUCGAUAAUCUUUCCAAGAAGAAGCCGUGAGUGCUGUUGUACUUUCCAAAUUACUUAAUUUCUGUCGUCACAGAUAAGGGAGUUUACAAGCUACGACUUUUUAAGAAUGUAAAAAAGUCUAUCUGCUAUUUAAAAUCCUGAUUAUUUACCUUGUUAAUGUGUAAUGCCAAUCAGAAAGAGCAGCCCAUGUGUUAGAGUAAAUAAUUUGCAUUUAGACAUUUGCUGACUCAAAUCCUGAACGGUCAGAGAAAUAAAAUGUCAUAAUCAAGCUCCGUCACUGCCUUUGACCUUGCUUCUAACUGUGCCUAGGACUGCUCCUGUUGUGGUGUUUAGAGGCAGUUAGCUUCUUCGCUGUUUGCAUAGCUUAAACUAAUGCCCCACAAUUGAUAGAAAGGGUAAUCAAAGGAAGAAUAAGGUGACACACUGUUAAAAAAAAGCAUACUUGAAAAGUGUUUUUGUGCAUUUCUCCACAGGGUUGUCAUAAGAAUAUGCCUUAAUUGUUUUACACAGCCACAAAUAAUCUGUCAUAAUGACCAAUCAGAAUGAAGAAAAAGUCAAUGAAAUGUUUGAAAGUAAGAAGGAAUAAUUAGAAUUUGAACUACUGUACUGUUGAGAUCUUUGUUUACAUUAUUAAUAUAUUAUGUCAUCCCCUUACCCACUGACAGUUUAUGAUGUUAUGUUUUAGCUUUGUUAUACUCUUGCCAGUGUAUUUUGGUUGUCUUUCUGCAUUUUAUGUUGCAAAAAGGCUAGAAGAAAUCUACCUAGAUAUAUCUAUGAAAAUAUGUUUGUAUCCCUUUGUGUCCAUGUGUUAAAUUUUCAUCAACAAAUGGAAAUCAGGUCCAUGGAGGGUUUUUUUCUUUAUUUAUUUGACAAGUAUUUUGGACUGAUAAUCAUGUUCAAGUGAGAGAUUUGAUUGCAUUCUGAGGCGGGGGCUCUUCCCUCUUCAAAAACAUCUGUGAAGGCUUUGCACAGGAACCCAAAUGGAUGUUGUUUUAGAUGUACUGAAUGUUAUUGGAGGGAAGGAGAUGUGAACUUGCACUAUUCAAGUUACUAGUUGAAUGAAAUACAGCAAACAACUGCUCCCUCAGAAAUAUUCCACGUAUAACACUAGGUCCAUAGCAUUAUUUUUUUUUCUUUCUUUCUUUGUCUUUUUUAAAAUAAUUUAAUACUUAAUAUGCAACUUGCUCUCACAAUCUUCGCUGAAAUGUGUCUCGAUGUCUUGUGCAGCUCAGUGGUAGCCUUGGUGCCUGGUUGAUCUACCUCAUAUUUACCAUUGUGAUUGCUGGCUGUGAAUAACAUAACAGUAGAGUCCUAUUGUUGUUGAAAAUUAUGAAUGUAAUAAAAAUGACUUCUGAGUUUUC